GUCUUUCCUCCGUGUAUGUCUCAGGUGCACCUCCAGCCCCGAGACAUGUCCUGCUGCAGCCCGUGCCAGCCCUGCGUGCCCUGCUGCCAGCCCUGCGGCCCGACCCCGCUGGCCAACAGCUGCAAUGAGCCCUGUGUCAGGCAGUGCCAGAGCUCCACCGUCGUCAUCGAGCCCUCCCCCGUGGUGGUGACCCUGCCCGGCCCCAUCCUCAGCUCCUUCCCACAGAACACCGUUGUGGGCUCCUCCACCUCCGCCGCUGUUGGCAGCAUCCUCAGCUGUGACGGAGUCCCCAUCAACUCGGGGGGCUUUGACCUCUCCUGCAUCACCAGCCGCUACUGCAGCAGACAGUGCCCCCCCUGCUAAAGCUGCUGGCAGCGUCCUUGGGCAGGACCCUCUGAGACCUCAGAACAUGCUGCUGGAAUAGAGAACCAAUGGCCUUGCAUUAAUUGCUUCAGGACAUUGUUUCCUUCUUGCACUCUCUUCUCUCUCUCUCUCCUUUGCUGUCACUGUCUCCCAAAGCCUGCCUAGCAGGGACCUAUUGGCCUCCCUCCUUUUGUGGGACAGGCAGACAGACAUUCCGCAGAAGUUCCAACACACCGUGUUGGCUGUUCCUGGGUUUGCCGUUGAGACAACUCCUUUCUUUCUUUAGACUCAUUAAAGUUGUGCUGCACCCAAA